UCUCCAAGUAAAAUCAUUCAUUUCAGAAGAGUCACGCAAGUUACAGUGGUAUUCAGCAUCAUGUGGAAGAUAACUAUUGUUUUAUUCGCUCUGGCAUUUUGUGUCUAUGCUGAAGAGGCCGUUGCGGCAGCAGCUGCAGCGGUCGACGGUCCAGCUGAUGCAGAAGUAGCACCGGGGCUCGACGAUACUGGAGCUAAGCCUAAUGAUGAACCUACUGGCACAAGCGAUGCCACAGUCGAAACCUCUAGUACAGUACCGGAGAAUCCUGACGACAACGAAACAGACAACCUCGAAGACGCUAACACGACUGAACCUUCAGAAGUCAGUGAAUCAACCGGAUCUUCAGUAGCCUCUACUGUAGCCUCUUCAGUAGCCACUGAAGAUCCGAGCGCCCCGGCUGAUGCCACGGCUUCCGGAGACUCAGGCAACAAGGAGAAUGGUACUGACAGCAAAAGGGACUCGGAGAACAAGUUCCCAUUUAACCUCCUGAACCUGCCCUCGAUGCCUUCGAUGCCGACCAUGCCUUUGAUGCCAACCAUGCCGCCCAUGCCGUCGGUCGCUGAUAUCAUUGCCAGUAUGCCGACUAUUAAGCCCCUGACCCCCGAGGACAUCGCCAACAUGACGCCGGGCCCCGACGGGCAGGUGUACGGCGCCUCGUCCAGCAUCAGCAAGAACGUGGUCAUGGAGAACGGCAAGGAGGUGGUCCAUGACGUCACCGGGUCCACCACCAUCAACAACAACGGCAAUGUCACUACUACCACCUUCUAAUAAGGUGAUUCAGUAAUAUUCAGUAUACAUUCCGCUCUAUACUUACUUCUUUUCAGCUAAGAUGAUUCCUGUGACGUUUUGAGGUUUACGGUACAGUUAUUAAAGUCUAUCAACUUACUUGCAAUAUGUAAUACAGGUACACAGCAAUGAUCUUAUCCGAAAAGAACUAAAAACGAAAGCAAAAGCGAGCGUUUUUCUGGUACGACUGGAACGGUGGGAACAACUCACUGACCACAUCCUCAUUUGGACCUUAUCUAACGUCAUCUUGCGCUCUCAUCUUCGCUUUCUUCUAGGGCGGAAAAUUUUACUGAAUUCCAUAGCUGGUAGUAACUUUGUUCGAGCGGUGGAAGGGAACGACAAAGCCAAAGAGUUUCCAAAUACAUAUCAAAACAUAUCUUCAAUAGCAAAAAACUGAUGAUACUUACAUACUACAGUGUACAGUUUUGAAUAGUAUUUUGUUUAAGUAUUAUUAUCACAAAUCCACAUGUUUUUGUUUAAAAGUUGCCUACUUUUCAAGAUUUCAGCACAGCGCACCAUGUUUUUUUUCGUAAGACCUAAUUGUUAUUUCUAUGAUAUGCACCACUAUACUGUAAUGCAUUUAACUUAUUCACUAGUAUCUCUAAGCAUAAUUUUGUACAUUAACUGUUUAUAUUUUCAAAAAAAUAAAAUGUUUUAAUAACAACAA